AAAUCUCCCCAUGCAGUGCUGACACAAUGUGAUGGAUGCUCCGGAGUUUAAACACACGGCAUAUGGUACUUGAUAUACAGUUAAAGACCCCCACUGGUUUUCUCUUUAGCUUUUUCUUUUGCAUUGGCAUUGAGCGUGCCAGUGUGUGCCAGGUCUCCGCAGGAAGCUCAGAACCUUUUGCUCGAGGAGAAAACGGUGCACCUGCAAACAAUUGAGCCUGUAAUGUUCAGAGCGCUUCGACUCAUGUCUUUAAAUGAUCUGUGUGCACACGGGGCUUAAUCGUGCCAGCUCGCUAAUAGGAUCUGUGCUGGUGAGUAGAUCCAUAAAAAUAGAACAAUCCUUCUAGGAAACUCUCAUCUCUCCGACAGCACAGCGUGCAGCUUUUUGUUCUGGGGUUCUUUUUUGUUGCAGACGCCACAGCCCGUCUGUUGUCGUAGGCGAAGAGCAGGUAGUGUGUCGCCUCUGCACGGCGUCCCACAGAGCUCCAGACGGGAUGAGGAAGCUGCUCCUCCACAUUCUCUGCAUCGCCGAAGUCCUGCUCGGUGCGGCUGAGCCUCCUCCGCUGAGCGAGGACGCGCUGGAAAAGCUGUCUGCAGCAGGGGAGCAGUGCGUUGAUGAGGAAAUAAAGCGGGCGUUACUCGGGGUGAAGCAGGUGAUGGAGACGAUGGAGAAAAGGGAGGAGAGGCACCGGGGCCUCGUGGAGGCCCUGAGACGCAGCAGUGACAAGAGGAAGGGCGCGAUGCAGCUGGUCCGGGACACGGAGCAGCGACUAGAGGAGGCCGAGCAGCAGUGUCACUAUUUAAUCAAAUUAUCCUUCAACGAGUGCCAGCCUUGUCGGGCUUGCAAGGCCUUCUACGCGUCCACGUGCCGCCGCGGCUUUGCCUCCUUCUCAUUCAAGGUGGAGGAGUUCUUCAGGAACAUGGCCGCCCGGCUGGAGGCCCCCGAGCGCGUUUACAAUCGGAACGAGGAGAACGCGGGACGCGCCGACGUGCCGGACGACGGGGGCGAGCCGGAGCUCCUGCAGGCGGACGCUUCGUUCGGCCGGCUGCUGUCCGCCGCCGGGCUGCUGUACAACCGGAGCGCCGCGCUGGUGCAGAGGAGGCAACAGGCGUUGGGGGGUUCCUUCCUGGAGGCCUUCAGCGCGGAGGUGCGACCCGGCUCGCCGUCUUCCAUGCGGGGCGGAGGCGGCUUCUUCGGCGCGUUGGGUCUGGAUCACGUCCUGGAGUCGGUGUCCGACUUCGGGAGGAACGUGCUGGAAGGACUGAGCUCCAAAGUGGCCGAUGUAUUUGGGGAGAGGCAAGAAGAGGAGACUGACUUCCGGCAGCCGGACGCAGGUGCAGGACCGCUGCCACAGAGCAGAUAUCUGUGCAGAGGCCUCCGCAGACAAGCGUCCGACUGCUGGCAGCUGCAGAGUUUGUGCGAGAAAUGUGAAGAUUAUUUGAUAAAAGAGUGUCCCGGCGUCCGGCAGCUGCACUCGGAGACGGAGGAGAUGCACAUGCUGUUCAACGCCUCCCGUCAGCAGUACGACGAGCGGCUGCAGCUGGUCCGGAGACACGCAGAGGACACGCAGGCAUGGCUCGGCAGCAUGGACGACAAGUACGGCUGGGUCGGCCAUCUGCCCGACGGCGCCGGGGGCCCACGCGCCCUCUUCAGUGUGAUCACAGUGAAUGCACAGCAGCAGCUGAAGGACAUGAGGCCUAAAGUGGACAGCAGUGUGGUUGUGACCAUUCUGGACUCUGGCCCGGUAACCGUCUCAGUCCCCUCGGGGCUGGAGGUGGACGAGCCGACCUUCAUCCAAUAUGUAGCUCAGGAGGCUCUGGCACUCCGCAAGCAGCAGAUAAGAGGUAUCGACCCAGUCGCGGCUUAGUUUGUUUCACCUGGUGGUGCUGCAGCUUCAAUAUGAGGCCAAUUAAAUGUGAUAAUUGGAAACUUGACACCAUGACAAAUCCCUGUGCGUUUGUUCAAACGUUUCUUCUAAGACCCGCAAUGCAAAUGGCACAAUGUGUUAUAAUCCAAAAUGAUGAGGUAAAAAAACAAUCAUGAAUUGAAUCCUUCAUUGACCUUGUGUAAAAAGAUGAAAUGGUCCCAUGUGCACCAGCAUUAAUACCCGUAGCCAUGGAACUAUUUAAGCUCUUGACUUGCUGGUAUUGGGCUUCAAAAAUCGUUUUACGUUGUUGUUAUUUCUGCACUUAAGUUGAGUCACUUUCACUUUUUUUGUUAAACUUGAACAUGCACAUCUAGAUGGACAGCUUGUAUUCUUUUUAGUUAUUCGGCCUUAUGGUUUAAGAUGUUUAUGCGAUUCAUUUAUUUACUCUGUGGUUCAGCUUUUUUUUUCUUUUUUUGUCACAAGAAUACUUUUUACAACGAAUAAUUAAAUUAUUACAAAUGCA